AACAAAAACAAAACAACCAAGGCCAGAGCAUGUUAUUCUUUUUCUCCAGCUUUUUUAAAGCUCUUUCCGAGAGUAGCAAUGCGCUCAAAAGAGGCUAGCUCGUGGAAAUGACAGAAUCACAGAUGUGUACACGGGCGGAGUUGUCAGAGCUGUGAGAACUACACAACUGUUGGGUUCAUUGAGCGCGCGACUCUCGAGUCUCAGCGCGAUUCAACCGAAGCGAAGCGCUUUCUUCUUCGGGUUUUACCAUCUCACACACCAGAUAUUGGCGUCGUUUUCUUGCUGGAUAAUGCAAUUCACCCAAUAUAAUUUUAAAACGCAGAGCUGGUGCCACCAAUAAGACAGAGAAGACGCUCUAGAAAAGUAGGCUGCAGAUUCCGAGAAAGCUUCGAGAGGGUGUGGAAGAGGAGGUUCUCCCCUCUAUAUGGCCUAUACUAUGGGCUCGGGCCCUGACGCGGGCCCUGCCAUUGGGGCCCAGCACUGUGUCACAAAGGUAGAACUUUCUGUCUGUGGCUCCAAUCUGUUGGACCGUGAUGUGGCAUCGAAGUCCGACCCCUUCUGUGUUCUUUUCCAUGAGGUGAAUGGCAACUGGGUGGAGCUGACUCGAACAGAGACUGCCAUCAACAACCUGAAUCCUGUGUUUGGUGUGAAAUUCCAAGUGGACUACCACUUCGAGGAGGUCCAGAAGCUCAAGUUUGCCAUGUUUGAUGAGGACAAGUGCAGCACCCAGCUUUACGAGCAUGAUUUUCUGGGCGAGUUCACCUGCACCCUAGGAGUGAUUGUAUCAAAUAAGAAGCUACAUCGACCACUGAUUUUAGCUAAUGGCAAGCCAGCGGGGAAGGGAGCCAUCACAAUAACAGCACAGGAGUUAUCAGACAACAGAAUAAUUACCCUGACCAUGUGUGGGAGGAAGCUGGAUAAAAAGGACUUUUUCGGUAAAUCAGACCCUUAUUUGGAAUUCCACAAACAAGGGGAUGAUGGGAAAUGGAUGAUGGUUCACAGAACAGAGGUCAUCAAGAACACUUUGGAUCCUGUAUGGAAGUCCUUCACUGUGCCUCUAAUCUCACUUUGUAAUGGAGAUGUGGACAGAAACAUCAAGGUGCUGUGCUACGAUUACGAUAACGAUGGAGGCCAUGACUUUAUCGGCGAGUUUCAGACCACCGUCAACAAGAUGCGUGAAGCACAGAACUCAGUGGAGGUUGAGUUUGAAUGCAUUAAUCCCAAAAAACAGAAGAAAAAGAACUACAAGAACUCUGGAAUCAUAAUUGUGAAGUCAUGCAAGAUUACAAGGGACUACUCCUUCCUGGACUAUAUUCUGGGUGGCUGCCAGCUCAUGUUUACUGUUGGCAUUGACUUCACAGCGUCCAAUGGAAACCCAAGGGAACCGUCCUCUCUGCAUUAUAUCAAUCCAAUGGGCAGCAACGAAUAUCUGUCUGCCAUCUGGGCUGUGGGCCAGAUCAUCCAAGACUAUGACACGGACAAAAUGUUUCCUGCACUUGGAUUUGGGGCUCAACUUCCACCAGACUGGAAGGUAUCCCAUGAAUUUGCAAUCAACUUUAAUCCCACCAACCCUUUUUGUUCAGGUGUUGAGGGGAUCAUUCAGGCUUACUCCAACUGCCUGCCUCACAUCCGCUUCUAUGGACCCACCAACUUUGCCCCCAUCAUCAACCACGUGGCCCGUUUUGCCACUCAGGCCCUCCAGCAGGACACUGCUGCACAAUACUUCACACUACUGAUCAUUACUGAUGGCGUGAUCAGUGACAUGGACGAGACACGUCACGCUGUAGUUCAAGCUGCCAAGCUGCCCAUGUCCAUUAUCAUCAUUGGGGUGGGCAAUGCUGACUUUACUGCCAUGGAGUUUCUGGAUGGAGACAGCAGUGUGCUGCGGUCCUACACGGGAGAGGAGGCAGUGCGAGACAUCGUGCAAUUCGUCCCAUUCAGGGACUUUCGCAAUGCUCCGAAGGAAACUUUAGCCAAAUCCGUUUUGGCAGAGCUGCCGCAACAGGUCACACAGUAUUUCAAACAGAGGAACCUGUCGCCUAGCAACACGAUGCCGGAAUAAGAGCUCGAGGCCUGGAGUUCACACUGCAUGUUGCCAAAACCUGCUAACUGUUUACAACCCCCCCUUGACCAAUUAAAUGGGCAAAGUGCAUGUUUUAUUCUGUAAAUAAGUGUUUUUAAUAAAUGUUUUUAUUUAUUGGUUUAUAUAUGACGACUUAUCAAUCGAGAUGCAAUGGCCAUUUAUGUCUAUGACAAAAUACGUGAAUAAUGGUAUUUGGCUGAAUGUAACUUUAUACUGCCGUUUUCGGUGUUUUAAAAGAAGUGAAAGGAAAAAAAAGAUUACCUUUUACUAUAGUGAAUUGUAUUUAGUGAUAAUCGUGUGGUGCCAUGGACAAGGUGGUGUUGUUGAUUUUGUACAGUUUCAGUGGUUGUUUAUGUUCCACUCAGGUCAAUAAAUUUUAUUUGAGAAAA